AUGCUCUCAUCUCCACACCUGCCCGCUCCCUCCGCUCCUCCUCUCUCCAGCUCUUGGUCCCUCCUGCCUCCUCCUCCUCCUCCUCUCCAGCUCUUGGUCCCUCCUGCCUCCUCCUCCCCUCUCCAGCUCUUGGUCCCUCCUGCCUCCGCCUAUCCUCUCCAGCUCUUGGUCCCUCCUGCCUCCUCCUAUCCUCUCCAGCUCUUGGUCCCUCCUGCCUCCUCCUCCUCUCUCCAGCUCUUGGUCCCUCCUGCCUCCUCCUCCUCUCUCCAGCUCUUGGUCCCUCCUGCCUCCUCCUCCUCCUCCUGUCCAGCUCUUGGUCCCUCCUGCCUCCUCCUCCUCUCUCCAGCUCUUGGUCCCUCCUGCCUCCUCCUCCCCUCUCCAGCUCUUGGUCCCUCCUGCCUCCUCCUAUCCUCUCCAGCUCUUGGUCCCUCCUGCCUCCUCCUAUCCUCUCCAGCUCUUGGUCCCUCCUGCCUCCUCCUCCUCCUCUCCAGCUCUUGGUCCCUCCUGCCUCCUCCUCCUCUCUCCAGCUCUUGGUCCCUCCUGCCUCCUCCUCCCCUCUCCAGCUCUUGGUCCCUCCUGCCUCCUCCUCCUCUCUCCAGCUCUUGGUCCCUCCUGCCUCCUCCUCCCCUCUCCAGCUCUUGGUCCCUCCUGCCUCCUCCUCCUCUCUCCAGCUCUUGGUCCCUCCUGCCUCCUCCUCCUCUCUCCAGCUCUUGGUCCCUCCUGCCUCCUCCUCCUCCUCUCUCCAGCUCUUGGUCCCUCCUGCCUCCUCCUCCUCUCUCCAGCUCUUGGUCCCUCCUGCCUCCUCCUCCUCUCUCCAGCUCUUGGUCCCUCCUGCCUCCUCCUCCCCUCUCCAGCUCUUGGUCCCUCCUGCCUCCUCCUCCUCCUCCUGUCCAGCUCUUGGUCCCUCCUGCCUCCUCCUCCUCUCUCCAGCUCUUGGUCCCUCCUGCCUCCUCCUCCCCUCUCCAGCUCUUGGUCCCUCCUGCCUCCUCCUCCUCCUCCUGUCCAGCUCUUGGUCCUCCUGCCUCCUCUCCUCCUCCUCUCCAGCUCUUGGUCCCUCCUGCCUCCUCCUAUCCUCUCCAGCUCUUGGUCCCUCCUGCCUCCUCCUAUCCUCUCCAGCUCUUGGUCCCUCCUGCCUCCUCCUCCCCUCUCCAGCUCUUGGUCCCUCCUGCCUCCUCCUCCUCCUCCUCCAGCUCUUGGUCCCUCCUGCCUCCUCCUCCUCCUCUCCAGCUCUUGGUCCCUCCUGCCUCCUCCUCCCCUCUCCAGCUCUUGGUCCCUCCUGCCUCCUCCUCCCCUCUCCAGCUCUUGGUCCCUCCUGCCUCCUCCUAUCCUCUCCAGCUCUUGGUCCCUCCUGCCUCCUCCUCCCCUCUCCAGCUCUUGGUCCCUCCUGCCUCCUCCUCCUCUCUCUCCAGCUCUUGGUCCCUCCUGCCUCCUCCUAUCCUCUCCAGCUCUCCCUUGGUCCCUCCUGCCUCCUGCUCCCUCCCCUCUCCAGCUCUUGGUCCCUCCUGCCUCCUCCUCCCCUCUCCAGCUCUUGGUCCCUCCUGCCUCCUCCUCCCCUCUCCAGCUCUUGGUCCCUCCUGCCUCCUCCUCCUCCUCUCCAGCUCUUGGUCCCUCCUGCCUCCUCCUCCCUCUCCAGCUCUUGGUCCCUCCUGCCUCCUCCUCCUCUCCAGCUCUUGGUCCCUCCUGCCUCCUCCUCCCUCUCCAGCUCUUGGUCCCUCCUGCCUCCUCCUCCCCUCUCCAGCUCUUGGUCCCUCCUGCCUCUCCUCCUCCUCCUCCAGCUCUUGGUCCCUCCGCCUCCUCCUCCUCUCCAGCUCUUGGUCCCUCCUGCCUCCUCCUCCCCUCUCCAGCUCUUGGUCCCUCCUGCCUCCUCCUCCCCUCUCCAGCUCUUGGUCCCUCCUGCCUCCUCCUAUCCUCUCCAGCUCUUGGUCCCUCCUGCCUCCUCCUCCCUCUCCAGCUCUUGGUCCCUCCUGCCUCCUCCUCCCCUCUCCAGCUCUUGGUCCCUCCUGCCUCCUCCUCCCCUCUCCAGCUCUUGACCCUAUUUUGACGCCAUACACCUCCGCGUCCCCUGAACCUGACGCGUAUCUUCCCCUCCUUGCCAUAACGGGAGCUGCUGGACAAAUAGUAGGCUCAACCCGAACAGCGCCCCCCACCACAACUUGA